GCAGGCCGCGGGCCGGGAAGGGCGGGCCAGGCUUCCCGGCACCAGCCGCGGCUUCCCGGAACCAGCCGCGCUCGCACGGCCGCCGGCCCGUCCUGCCCGCGGGCUGAGGGAGCCGCAGCUGCCCGCCAUGUCCUCGGUGGCCGCCGCCAGCUGCGACGGCAAGGGCGCGGCGGAGGCGCGGGAGGAGAAGAAGCCGCUGAAGCCCUGCUGCGCCUGCCCCGAGACCAAGAAGGCGCGGGACGCCUGCAUUAUUGAGAAGGGAGAAGAAAAUUGUGGGCACCUAAUCGAAGCUCACAAAGAGUGUAUGAGAGCUCUGGGCUUCAAGAUAUGAGUGAGAUGAGCAGGACUGAGUGGGAUGAUGUCUUUGGUGUGACUGCAUUCUGGAAAGCUGCAAAAUAAAUUAUUUCUGCAAGUUACUGCAAAGAACAAAUAUAAACAAAGAGUCUAUUUAUGAAGAGUCUAAAGAUAGAGUAUGCAUCACAUCUGUAGCUUUUCCACUGCUUGCUCUUGACCACUGCUAUAGAAAAUAUUAUUUUUUCCUCUUAAUAAAACCCUGAAAAUGACCAGU